GACCCAGGAAAGUUGGCUGGCUCGCAGUGACCAGGGGUAGGCAGAGAUAACCUGGGCAGGCUGAGUUGACUUGGGGCCAACUGAAGCUCUAGAGAAACCCAGGCGACCCGAGGAGGCCAGUUGCCCUGGUCGCGGGAAAGGGUCUUAUCUGGAGAAGGUACUCAACAUUCGAGUCCUGUGGUCCUAGGUUCGGGACUCCGGAUUUGCUCACACGUGGCUGGCCCGCGCCCAACGCUUGCUGGGCAGCCAGAUGCCCAGCGUCAGCCUAGGUGUCGGCCUCCUGGCGGCUCUGGCAGCGGGUGGCGCCGUCGCCCUGCUCGGCUACUGUGUAUACCAGGACCGGAGGCGGCGCAGAGACCCUGCUUUCAGGCGCUGCCUGAGGGACCAGAGAAGAGCUGGACAGCCCAAGACCCAGGCACCAGCCAGAGAGUUAUGGGAUCCAGCAAAGAAGGAAAAACUACAUGAAUUUUUUUUGCAAGAGGUGCAGAUGGGAAAACUUUGUUUAGCUAGAGGGGAACACGGAAUGGGGGUUGAACAUCUCACCAACGCCCUUUUAGUUUGUGGGGAACCGAAGGAGCUUCUGGCGUUUUUCAAACAAACACUCCCUCCUGAGGUAUUUCAGAUGCUAUUGUACAAAAUUCCCCUUAUUUGCCAGGUAGUCAUGACGAUGGUGUAG